CCAGGCCAAAAAUAUUUAAAAAAUGAAACAAAUUUUAAUGUUUUGAAAAUUGGCAACAUUUUUGCGUUGUCUUCUGAAAAAAAAUCUACAAUGGCAGAUGCAAAGCAAGGAAAAACACCAAUUGAGGACUUUUACAAUGGAUCAUCCCAGUCACGGGUGGUCCUUGCUAAACCCAGACUUGGAGGCUUUGGAUCAUCGAGCUUUGCCUCCAGUUCAAGCAGUAAAAGCUGUAAUCCAUUUGGCUCUGUAUUACGUCCAUCCACAUUAAAACCGGGCAGUAAUCCAUUUCUCAAAAUAACUGACACUGAAGAAGAAAAAGAAAAGGUAGAAAGCAAACAGGAAGAAGAUAACGUAGAUCGAUUGAAGGACUCCCAGGAGGAGGAGGAAGCUCCUAAAUUUGUUCCCUUAGGUUCUGCCAAUGUGACUCCCAGGACAUCAAACCCUGUGCCAGCACCGGCUCAACCGACUACGGCUAGUUCGUCAUCAGGGUUUGUGUUUGGCCAGAACUUGAGUGAGAGAGUAGUGAUACAAGAGAAUGUCAAUAAUGGAGACAUUGCCCCAGUAGACCACAGCUCUACCAAUGGCACAACUGACUUGCUGUUCACAAGUGCUGCUGCCUCUGUCAAGGAUAACCAGGAGGAAGCGGGUCCGAGCUCCCCUGGGCCGGGAGGCGCGGGGGCCGCGGGGGGUGCGGGCGCGGGGCUGGCGGCGGCGGCGGCCGCGUACGAGCGCUCGCACGCGCGCCCGCCCCCGCCCCCCGCCACCGCCGGCUGCAACAUCACCGGCGAGGAGGGCGAGAUCAACGUCCUACAGAUCUCAUGCCGGCUAUUCGCGUGGGAGGCGGGCAGCUGGCGCGAGCGCGGGCGCGGCGUGCUGCGCCUCAACGACGCCAUGGCGGGCGGCGGCGCGGCGCGGCUGGUGGCGCGGGUGGCGGGCUCGCUGCGGGUCGUGCUCAACACCAAGCUGUGGCCCGACAUGGUGGUGCAGCGCGCCGGGACCAAGUCGCUGCGGAUCACCGCCGCGGACGCCCAGCAGCAGGUCAAGCUGUUCCUCAUCAUGGGAGCUCCAGCUGACAUAGUGCAACUAUACAGAGCCCUCUCGGCGCGGGUAGCGAUGAGCAAGAAGUCGAGCAACUGCACGGUCAACUCCAACUCACAGCAGGCGGCAGAACGCCUCGAGGCCGCCGCUGAAGACGACGAGUUCGAGGACAAGGCCGACCACGCUAGCGACAAGACACAGCCCUCAGAUAACGAUAGAAUAAACAAUAAGACUGAAGAAUCCCCCACUAACAACGACACGAAACCGCUGAAAAGAAAAGAACCAGUCGAAGAAGAAACGUCACCCAAAAGACAGUGCCCCGAAAUAUUAACAGAGUGAUACACACACAAACUCGCUUCUUUUGCAGUGUAAUGUGAUUAUGUGGACAAUGUUAUUUCGACUCCCGCUAAAAGCUCUGGGUUCAAUGAAAUCUUAUGUAAAAACUAAAGAGAUAUUAUGUAGGAAUAUUUAUGAUUAAAUUAGUAUAGCAUAAUCGAUUGUUGGUUGAUUAUUACAAUGAAGAUCGAUCUCCACGUUGAAUGCAUCUGAAUAGGCACAAUUAUAAACCUUUAAUGUUGUUAAAUUACGUAGCGCGUCAAAAAGGGUUUGCCCUUUUGUUUUUGAGGAUUAUAGAAUAUUUUCAAAUAAUUUCAUUGUUGGAACAAAAUAUCUCUUAUGCUUAUAAAAGCGGCUUUACAAUAGGUUUAACAUUCCAAUUAUUGCAAGUGAAUACAUUGUCGUAAAUAAUAUGUUUAUUUGGCCAGAGCAGAUAUAUGAUAUGGUUUCAUUUCUUAUCAUAACAAUAAAUGCAAUUUUACAUCUA